AUGGCGCUGGACGAAAAGUACAGCCAAAACAGUUCACCUUUCCCGAACGCCCUCGUCACGGUGCACAACGAUGUUGCCAUUGGUCUUGGCUCAGAGUCCGAGAUCACUGAUGACCCCUACAAGGAGCCUGGAUCAUCGGAAGAUGAAGACAACACCACGACUGGAGGUACAAAGCGUGGUAGAGAUGAGGACGAUGAGGAUGACUUGGAACUUGGCAACAAGCGCCGCAAGACGGGUUUGGGACAAUGGGCCUAUACCGAGGAAGAGAAGUACCUGGAAAAGGGUGUCCGAAAGAUGGGCAGGUGA